AACACGAGGCGGUGCGCAUCAUUCGUUUCUGCACUUUGAGGUCUUCGCCAGCACCAAAGCAGGCCCUCCCUGCCUGGCGCAUCAUGCCCCUCGAGAGCUCACUGUGCGGCGAGGUGGCGGCAUCAUCAGCGGCGCCGCGUGUUCCACGUGGCAAGCGUGGAGGGCAGCAGGCACUCCACUGUGCAGUCUGCGAGAAGGAGUUCCGAUAUAAGAGUGCCCUUCAAGAUCACUUGCGGGUCCACACCCGGGAGAAGCCUUUCGAGUGCGCAGUUUGCCAGAAGAAGUUCACUCAAAGUGGAAGUCUAAAAUUGCACCUUCGGACCCACACUGGGGAGAAGCCUUUUGAGUGCACUGUUUGCCAAAAGAGUUUUAGUGUAAGUGGAAGUCUGAGAAUACACCUUAGAACGCACACCGGGGAGAAGCCUUUCGAGUGCACUGUUUGCCAGAAGAGUUUUACUGAAAGUGGCAAACUCCGAACACACCUUCGCAUCCACACCGGAGAAAAGCCUUUCGAGUGCACUGUUUGCCAGAAGAGUUUUACUGAAAGUGGCAAACUCCGAACACACCUCCGCAUCCACACCGGGGAAAAGCCUUUCGAGUGCUCGGUUUGCAAGAAGACGUUCCAUCAAAGUGGACAUCUCAGAACGCACCUCCGGACCCACACUCGGGAGAAACCUUUCGAGUGCGCGGUUUGCAAGAAAAAGUUCGCUUCUGCUCAAUAUCUCAAAAAGCACCUUCGGACCCAUAUCAUCGGAUAGAAGCUUUCGAUGUGCAGUCAGCAAGAAGUCACGCGGGAAUAACAUCAGACACAGUGGGGAGAAGCAGUUCGAGUGCUUUCGGGUUCAAUUUCUGUAAAAGUUUAUUUGUGUUUCUUUCGAGUCCUUAAAAUAGCGAGUAGAGGUCGUUCGAUUCCAGUUUCUCUGAGUAAAUUAAGUGGUUUUAAUCGACGAUGUGCAAAUGCGCGGUACAGCAGCUUGACGACUACAAGUUUUCGAACUUGAACCCCUUCGAUGUUCCCCCGUUAGUAUUCUUGAUGUAACUCACCUCAUCCCGGCAAUGUUGUGCGUUUUUGUCUUUCCGGUGUUUUUCUGUGACCUGUUGCUUGUAUUUAAGGGGCUCAGUCUGAACUAUUCUGAGAGCAAACGAAAUUUUCAAGAGGUUAUAACAGGCUCUAUAGCACAUUCAUUGAACUGUGGCCGGCAGUCAUUUUUUGAAUAGCUUGAAGAGUUCUUCUAUUGCUUAAGGCCUUUGUGUUUAGUCUUAGUAUAAUGCAGGCAGUUAUAUAUGCUUAGUCUUUCUCAAAACUCGCUGACGUUCCCUCCAUCCUUAAAUAGGGACACCGAGGCAUGGAAAUUAACUUUACGUUCGUACAUUAAAUUUGUGACACACGUCUCCGAAUGCAAGUUCUCCUAAGUGAGGUGCUGAAAGCUGCUCAAAUUGCAGUGCACAUUUUCUUGUACAACUUUCACCGACCAAUAAAUAAUCAUAAU